AUGCUAGGUAGGGCACCUUUAGUUGUAGGGGGAGAUUUUAAUUGUAUUUUUAGCAGGAAUGACAGAAAAGGAGCAGGGGACAUAAACAUUUUAUGCACUGACCUUUUAUCCCUCAACAGAACGCUGGACUUGACUGACUGGUAUGGACGAGCCUCUGGGUCGAAGCUUAAUAGAAGCAAGACCCAAGCUCUUUUUUAUGGACCAUGGACAGCAACUGAAAUGACAGGACUCCCCCUGACUGUGACCCAGACUUAUCAAAAGAUACUUGGGAUUAAAUUUGAUGGGGAAGGGGGAGGGAAAACAAAUUGGCCAGACGUGGUAGGGAAAGUCAGGCAGAGACUAGGCUACUGGACACUUAGAGGACUGACAUUAGAAGGAAAGGUUUUAAUCAUCAAAUCAGUGAUUUUACCUUUGCUUUUACUUAUCAGUUCUGUUUUUAUCCCACCUAGGAAAGUGCUUUUAGAGCUAGAACGAGCCAUUUUUUAUUUCCUGUGGGGGUCCAAGUGGGAACGGCUCAGAAGAAGCGAAAUGAAAAAAACAAAAGAGAAGGGAGGAAAAGGAGUGCCGGACCUGCACCUGUUUUUAGGCAGCAAAUACAUCGCACAACAUCUUAAAGCUGCAACAGCCCCAUCCAGAAACCCAAAGACUGUAGCAAUGACACGAUUCUGGAUGGGGUCUUACCUCAGAAAAAUCAAGCUUUUACCCGUAGACCUUAGAACACCUGUGUCUUUUAACCUGCCACCAGCUUAUGCUUUUAUUGAGACAUUUUUACGGCAUUUCAAACUUGAGAAGGAGGAUCUAAAUGUUUUAACUGACCACCGCUCUUUGAUUUCUGUUGUGCAGGAGCGGGAACCAGUGAGCCCAGUGCGUGGGCUUGCAUUCGGCGAGCCCUCGACAGUUUGGCGCAACGUGAACCAUUCCGCUCUUCCAAACAGACUCCGGGACCUGUCUUGGAUGGUGGCUCACGAGAUCCUCCCAGUCAGAGCCGUAAUGCAUUCCCGGGGCAUGUCGGCACACUCUACCUGCCCCCGACCAGGUUGUGGCGCCCCUGAGUCGGUGAGGCACCUGCUCUGGGAGUGCAGCGCUGCCGUAGACCAGUGGGCAAUG